CAGUUCUCUUGUUCGUUUCGAACUGUUUGUUCGGGUCAGCUUUCGCACACAUGAUGUAUUACCCGAGGUACUUGGUAUGUGUGGCGGAGCUAGGAUUUUUGGGAUUCAAAAUAUAAUGAGGUGACAAUAUGUCUACAGUGUGGUGACAAAGGAUUCUCUAAUACCUUUGUUUUUUGUGUAAAAUAUCUUGAAGUUGCUGUACAUCGCUACUGCCUUGAUAAAGUUCCCAGUACAUUUGAUGAAUAUGUCUAUUGGGUCUGUGAUGAUUGUGAGGUGAAGAUGCCAAAUGAACUCACUAUCAGAAAUUCUGAUGCCGUCUCACCUGAAAAUUGCACUAGUUCAAGACAUCUUAAAGCAAGUUCUGAAGCAAAACUUGACGUUCCUCCAUUGAUAGCUGAGGUAGAAGUAACGAUGGUUCAAAAUAAGUCUUCCGAGGAAGAUGUUGAGAAACAUCCUGGAAUUGAUUUGGUAGAGCGUAGUCAGUUAGGAAGUGAUAGCGGAGGUAGGAAGAUGAGCACGGAGAAGAAGUCUAAUCCUACGUCUGUGAUAGAUAAGAAAGACUUUGUUCAUGCUGUCGUGGAACAAGCACUACCUGUUCUUGAUCCUAUUUGGAGGGGUAGUUUUAACAUAUGGAACAAAGAGUAUAAGACAUUUGGUGGAGUUGUUGCUCACCUAUCAGUCAGAGCAUGCCAAAAGGUUUUUGAAGAAGCAAAGUUAUUUUCACUUUUUCUUCCCUUGGAAAUGCUUCCGAAAUCUGAUAUAUGGCCUAAGAGUUUCAAUACAUCAGAGCCUAGAGAUGAUAAUAUUGCAUUGUAUUUCUUUCCUUUGGAUGCAAGAUACGAGCAAGAUUUUGAUCAUUUGGUUGAUGAGAUGAUUGGUGAAGAACUUGCUCUCCGAGCAGUUAUGACAAAUGCAGAACUGUUGGUUUUCACAUCCACAGAACUUCCCCUGCAUUACUGGAGAUUCCAACACAAACACUACUUAUGGGGUGUUUUUAAAGCGAAGCAGGAUUCUAGUAGCUGUCAAAUGGUAUCGAAUGGGAUUAAAUCUGUGAUGCUUCAGACUCCUGAGAAUGUUUUGGCUGCAAAAGAUCAUAUAAACCUUGUGGAAGCCAAAACUUCGCGCGCUGAGAGUCCUAUUAGCACUUUAAGCAAUAACGCAAGCUUUGGGUCCGGCAGUUCCUGAAGCAUCUGUACUCUACUUUUCAUGUUGAGCUUCUCAAUAUGAGCUAGUUUCUGUACCAUUUGACUGACAUGAAAAUUUUGAGACCUCACGAAUGCGUUUUUGGGCUGUUGGUAAAUAACCUGGUGGAAAAAGCGACAAAGCUAGGUCUGCAGGGAUUUGGUCUAAUGGUAAGAGCGCAUCACAUGGUGUGAGAGUUAGACGCACAUGAUUGGUUAAGUGAAUAACAGGAUGGAUCCAUUAUCCACCAGAUUUCGGAUCUUUGUGCUGCUGGUUCUCAGGGAUUUCUCGGUUAUCAACAAAUAAAACCGGCGUUUUUUCUUCAGUUGAAGAAUCUGAUGUCCUGUGAAAUGCAACCAUAUGUAACAUGUCAUCUGUUUAGCUGUACAUGGUAGAUAAAGUGUGGUUGUUUUGGAAACCAUUGUAGAUGAUUGGUAGGCAGGCAGAACUUUUCAUUCCCUCUAAGAAGUGGGUAUUUUGGUCUUUUUUACCCUUCCUGGGAGCUCCCAUCUUUUUGGCUUCUUUAGUGACUCGAACAGAAUAAAGGUGGUGGGUGUUUACCAUCCGAGCAAUCACUCUUGUCUAUGUUUUACUUAUAGGGGUGGGGUUUAAUUAUGUAUAAUUGGAUAUUAGCGCUUUUGGUCUCAGUUAUUGAUAAAUUUUUGGUUUGGUCCUUGAGAUAAUGACUCGUUGCAUUUAAUGUUCAA